CGCACUAUUAAUGAGAGUCGAAACUGCCCUUCAAUGGCGGAACUCAUCCGAAUCUCCAAGGUGGGCGGCCGGUACCUCGUUUUCGAGGUAAAGGACGUAGCUACCCUCCGCCGCGAGCACUGCAUCUGCGCUGUGUUCGUGGGGACCACGCCGCAGAACCCUAAUCAGAACGUCUUCUCAGGGCUACCAAUAGAGCUCCUCGCCGAGGAGGCCAAGCUGCUUGUGGACAAGGGUGCCGCGUUCAUCGCAGACGAUGCCACCUCUCACCUGACACCCAUGGAUGCGUCCACCAAGCAGGCGUAUCUGCAGUCGCUCAAGACGAGACGGAGGAUUUUCCAGCGUGCUGCGGACGAGGAGAAAGUGGAACUGCAAAAGAUUGGGGAGAAAAUGAAAGCAGCGAGCCUGGCAAAGAAGGCGGCCUCCGACUCGUCAUCCGCCGCCGACAACUCUCUCUUUGAGUCCUCUUCAGCCCCUAGGAAAACCGGCCCGUCCUUGCCUGGAGUGAGCACACUUGGCCGGCAUAUCACGCCCACGACCAGCGUAGACAUCCUCGCAGACCCCCAGGCCCAUCGUGUCUCUAUCCAAACGCCCCGCGCUUACCCGCUGUACAAGCACCUAAACGCCGGAGGCUACUACAUUACACCAGGUAUCAGGUUUGGUGCUGACUACAGCGUGUAUCCUGGUGACCCCUUUCGAUAUCAUGCCCACUUUAUGGCCACAAGUUUCGAGUGGGAUGAGGAGAUCACCGUGCUAGAUCUCGUCACUGGAGGACGGCUAGGCACAGGUGUCAAGAAGGGGUUCCUUAUCGGUGGCGAAGCUCCGUCUGAGGAGGCAGCACAGGGUGCUGGUAAAGACAGAGUCAGAGCUUUCACGAUCGAGUGGGCGGCCAUGUAGUAGUGGAAAGCGAGCACAUUGCCGGAUUACAAGAACGGGGGGAUGAACAGACAAGAAAAGAAAGAAGAAACAAAGCAAUGACGCCUCGCAGGUCUAAGCCCAUGUUCUUAUGUAAUC